CGGGCUGCGGGAGCGGCAGGGAGCCAUGCCCAGGUACACGGUGCACGUGCGCGGAGAAUGGCUGGCCGUGCCCUGCCAGGACGCGCAGCUCACGGUGGGCUGGCUGGGCCGCGAGGCCGUGCGGCGCUACAUGAAGAACAAGCCAGACAACGGUGGCUUCGCCUCGGUGGACGACGUGCACUUCCUCGUGCGUCGCUGCAAGGGCCUGGGCCUCCUGGACAAUGAGGACCCACUCGAGGUGGCCCUGGAGGACAAUGAGUUCGUGGAAGUGGUUAUAGAAGGGGAUGCCAUGUCUCCCGACUUCAUUCCAUCGCAGCCGGAAGGAGUUUACCUAUACAGCAAAUACCGGGAGCCUGAAAAGUACAUGGACUUAGAUGGGGACAGCCUGACCACGGAGGAUCUGAUCAACCUGGGCAAGGGACACUACAAAAUAAAGCUCACCUCCGCUGCUGAAAAGAAGGUGCAAAAAUCCAGGGAAGUCAUAGAUAGCAUCAUAAAAGAAAAAACUGGGAACUCCAGGUCAACCUAGUACGUUCACAUUCUUCAGGUGUUGGGAAACCACUAAACCCUGAGAGAUGUCGGAUGCUCUUGGCUUUACGAAUCAAUGUCUUAGCCAAAGGAUACAGUGGCAUUUCCCUGGAGACCCUCAAACAAGUUAUCCAAGUAUUUAAUGCCUCCUGCCUGCCCUACAUUCCAGAGAAAGGAACCGUUGGUGCCAGUGGAGACCUCGCUCCACUCGCUCAUCUUGCUCUCGGGCUCAUUGGAGAAGGGAGGAUGUGGUCUCCAAAGAGUGGCUGGGCUGACGCUAAAUACGUCCUGCAAGCCCACGGAUUGAAACCAAUUGUUUUGAAACCAAAAGAGGGUCUGGCGCUCAUCAACGGGACACAGAUGAUCACCUCCCUGGGCUGUGAAGCUGUGGAGAGAGCCAGUGCUAUUGCCCGGCAGGCUGACAUCGUGGCGGCCUUGACCCUGGAGGUGCUGAAGGGCACCACCAAAGCCUUCGAUACUGACAUUCACGCUGUUCGCCCUCAUCCUGGGCAAAUUGAAGUUGCUUUUCGGUUUCGGUCACUCCUGGACUCAGAUCACCAUCCAUCAGAAAUAGCAGAGAGUCACCGGUUCUGUGACCGUGUGCAGGACGCGUACACCUUGCGCUGCUGUCCACAGGUCCAUGGUGUGGUGAAUGACACAAUAGCAUUUGUGAAGAACCUGAUAACCACAGAACUAAACAGCGCAACCGAUAAUCCUAUGGUCUUUGCCAGCAGGGGAGAGACUGUUUCUGGAGGAAACUUCCACGGUGAAUACCCAGCCAAAGCCCUGGACUAUUUGGCCAUUGGUGUCCAUGAACUUGCUGCGAUUAGCGAAAGAAGAAUUGAAAGGCUCUGUAACCCCUCCCUCAGCGAGCUGCCUGCCUUCCUGGUGGCUGAAGGUGGUCUGAACUCUGGAUUCAUGAUAGCCCACUGCACAGCCGCGGCCCUGGUUUCUGAGAGCAAGGCUCUGUGCCACCCCUCAUCUGUGGACUCCCUCUCCACCAGCGCUGCCACGGAGGACCAUGUCUCCAUGGGAGGAUGGGCAGCGAGGAAAGCCCUCAGGGUGGUCGAGCACGCCGAGCAAGUGCUGGCCAUCGAGCUUCUGGCGGCCUGCCAGGGCAUCGAGUUCCUGCGGCCCCUGAGGACAACCACGCCCCUGGAGAAGGUCUAUGACCUGGUGCGCUCUGUUGUAAGGCCCUGGAUAAAAGACCGCGUCAUGGCCCCCGACAUCGAGGCAGCGCACAGGCUGCUGUUGGAGCAAAAGGUUUGGGAAGUAGCUUCGCCAUACAUCGAAACAUACAGACUGGAGCAUAUUCCUGAAUCCAGACCUGUUUCUCCGACAGCCUUUUCGCUGGAAUCUCUACGCAGGAAAUCCAGCAGCAUCUCAGAGUCUGGGGAUCUUUAAAGGGCUUCGUUGUGGAAUUGUAGAUCAGAGGGUACUUAAACAGCACGCGGCGUUAUGCUGAAGGAGAGACUUGAGAACUUCUUUUAGGUAGAUCAACUUAUUAUAUAAUUCAGUUCUUCUAAAACCUACUUUGGUUAGACUGGCGACAGCAGUACGGUUGCUGAUUCGAGCACUGUGUUCUUGUUGGUCUGGUCUGAGACACAGCAGGUGGUUUUUCAGACUAUAGGAGUUUUCCUUCUUUAAUGCUGUCAAAAGGCCACUCACUCUUAAAGGUAAGAAGAGCAACCACAUUGCGUGCGUCGUUUACUCUUCACAUUAGAGCCACUCAAAUCUUGAAACAGAUUGAUGGCCUUCUUUUCUAAAAACAUUAGACUUUGGUAAACCUGUUUUGUGUGUUUGCCUUGACAAGCUCUCCAUUAGUUAACUCUGGCUGAUCGUACCGUGCUCUGACUGCUGUUCCUUUACAUGCCUUCAUAAACAACCCUUUUAAAAUCAUAAUUUGUCUUCCAGCUGCUCUUUCCUCUACUAAUUGAAUCAUAGUAAAGAAUGGUCAAUAGG